UGCUGUUGGAACUCGCCGCCGUUGCUUUUCAUCGUCCGUCUGUCUGUUUUCUUCUUCAUUUAGUGCAUUCCUUCAUCUGUUGUUCAGCACACAGCCUGCGCCUCAUCUCCGCCCUCACACUCUGCUCAGUCCAUUCUGAUUGGCUCAUCGAUCAGUCUCAGCCGUUUUGGACUGAAGUUUCUCCCCAUCACCAGCCCCACCUGGUUUUCCUCAUUCUAAUUUACAGACACAGCUAGAGUUAUUAUGGGGGAGGGUUACAGACUAUUGGCUUACAUUUGAUUUCCCCCACCUACCCUGAGAGGUGCUAUUAGAUCAACUACUACUCUGCUCAGCCAGUGCUUGUGUUUCAGUGUGGGUUGUUGCAGGCAGCUACAGCACCAUCCUACUGCGGUGAGAACUAAAAGCAUCCCUAGUAUCUCUUUGUCAAUGGGAGCAGGGAGGAGCCCACUGCAGCACCAUCUGCAGUGCAGAGAGACGAGGCUGCAGAGGAUCAUGGGAAUUGUAGUCCUCCAGCCCCUCUUUUAUUUAUAUCUGCUCUGACUUGAUGUGUCUAGCAACCAGCAUGAACAUAUUUAUAUGGUGACACCAUGCUAGGUGAUGUAUAUCCCCAGUUAUUGUAAGUACACAUGCGAUCCCUUUCUCCAGCAUAUCUGACCGACACACAGAUACAGCUCAUAUAUAUUUUAUCAGCAAGGCUCUACAACAAAUACUGUAUGUGAGGGAGAUUGUCAGUGGCUUUGGAGGGGAGUUGCCAUUUCAACAAUAUUUUAUGUGACUCACUUAAAACAAACCAAUUAGGUAAUGAUAUUGUAGUUAACGAUAAGCAAGCAGGGAGCGUUUACUUAGUUAUACAGAUGGGGGAGGGGGGGUACUAGUUUGGGUAGAAAUACCACAGGGACUUGAUAAAAUUGACUAAAAUCCAUCUCUUGGACAAAGGCAGAUGGGCGGAGAUGCAGCAUGUUCUGUGUGUGACAACCACUACCCCUUCCACAUGCACUAACCCAUACUGCCCCCCCUCCCAACACCACCCUUACAGCUCCAUCCACUUCCACUGCCCUCUCUCUGUCAAGACAAUCUACUAUGACCCUGUCCAACCAUCACCUCUGUGCUUGAGCCCAUCUCAGACUAACACCAUUGGUCCGUAGGCAUUCUGUUGACCCUGCCCUUCUGUAUAUGCAUCAUCAUAUACAGUCCAGUACUAACACCGUCUCUUUUUGUUAAACUCUAACAAAAAGCUGCAUGCUGUUUUACUGUUUGGUUUCAAUCCCUCCCACUUGGUUUUCUGUUUGAAAUUUGACAUCUACUCUCUUUGUGAUUAUAAAUAUCCUUUUUUGGGGGUUGGUUUGUAUGAUUUUGGUAGAUUGCAGCACCCUGGGGAAUGGUAGUAGAAAAGCUUGGAAUAGUUAUAAUCACAACUGAAAUGCAACCUUUUUAUUUUUUCAAAUCUCAUUGUUUCUGUUUUCUUUGUGUUUGAUGAUGUACUGUAGUGGUGCGACAGUCUUGCUUUUCACUUUGUUUUACUGCUGACCCAUAGCGUUAAGUCUCAGUCACGCACCUGAAGUCUUCCUCUCUCAUACACAGUCAUACACACUCUCAACCUUGGGCCUUGUAAUGGUAACCCAAGGCCCUCUUAGCACUUUCUCUCUCUCUUUCUUUCCCCCUCUUUCGCUGUAUUUCCCUCGUGACAGCUGCAUAUUUUUCGUGGCGCUCCCCUCUGUCUUGGUUAUGGAAUCACAACAAGCUUGGAGUUUCUGGUCCUCUUUCUGUUAACGCAAGAUUUCCAUACCUCGUUUUUGUUCCAUUUGUCUGUGUACGAUAGAUCUCGCUCUAUAGCGGUUCAUAUAUGUAUAAGCGUGUGAUACAUAUAUUACCGUCUCCUUUCUCCUCUUCCUCCUUCCCCUCGUACCUCCCAGACAGCUGAUAUUCUCUGUGUUACAACAAUGAGUAGAACAUGGGACUGUUUGUAAGCUUUAGAGGUUUUAAUCAGUUCCUGUUAGGGUAGGCUCCUUCUCUAUCCCUCAGUGUGGCCAUAAGGAUGUUAGUACAGAGACUACACACUCCCUCCCUCCUUCCCUCCCUCUUCACCUCCCCCUGUGUUGGAAGACACUGAUGUCACAUGGUGUAGGAGGUGGUGAUGAUUUGAUAGUAGUCCUGUAUGUGUUUGUGACCCGUGCCCACGGGAAAAGCUUUUCUUAUUAUUGGAAUGUUUUUGGUCUUUUUCUCCUCUGUUCUGUCUGCCAGGAUAACAUUGGGCACCGGCUGCUUCAGAAACAUGGCUGGAAGCUGGGGCAAGGACUGGGCAAAACCAUGCAGGCGAUUUGAUCCUGCCCAUGUUGUGCUGAUGGUAAACUUAGUGGACGCACUGACCCUGUGCCCAUCAUCCUCAAAUAUGAUGUCAUGGGGAUGGGACGCAUGGAGAUGGAGUUGGACGUUGCCGAAGAUGCUACAGAGAAGAGGAAAGUGCUGGAGGUGGAGAAGGAAGUCACAGAGGAAUUACAGCAGAAAUACAAGGACCAGGUGGAAAAGGAGAAGGCCAUCGCUAAAGCCCUGGAAGAUCUGAGGGCCAACUUUUACUGUGAGCUGUGUGAGAAACAGUACCAGAAGCACCAAGAGUUUGACAACCACAUCAACUCGUACGACCAUGCUCAUAAGCAGAGGCUUAAGGAGCUGAAGCAGAGGGAGUUUGCGAGAAACGUGUCAUCACGCUCCCGGAAGGGUGGGAAGAAGCAGGAGAAGCUGCUACGCAGGCUGCAUGAGCUGGCUGAGCAGAGGAAACAGCAGAACCGUACCCCGGGAAGUGGUCCCAUGUUCAAACCCACCACUGUGGCAGUAGACGGGGAGAAGGGUGAAGAGGGGAGUGCUGUAACCCCCGAGUAUGUUCCCCCUGCAGACACUGCCAUGGAUGGCUUGUCAGGGGAGGAGAAGAGCAGUGGGGGUCAGGCCUCCCCCAAACCAGCCCCCACCGUCAGCUUCUCCCUGGGGAAGAGCAGCUCAUCCCCGGCCGGGGCCUCCAAGGUCAGCGUGUCCUUCUCCUUCGCCAAGAAACCCCCGGUGAAGCUGGAGACGGUCGCAGCAGUGUUGGCUAAACUCCAUCAGGAUGACGAGGAGGAGGGGGGGGGACAGGAGGAGGGAGGGGAGAAGUCCGUGGGACAGGAGGAGACGUCAGGCUGCAGCACCGAGAGCCCCAAGGGAGGAGGAGGGGGGAAUGGAACAGCAGGGCCAGAGGAGGAGGAGGAGGAGGAGCAGCAGGAGGAGCAACUACAUCAAGAACAACCAGAGCAGGAGGAAGAGGAUGAUGGCGCCUCCCUAGCCUCCACUCUCAACAAGCUGAAGAUGAUGAUGAAGAAGGAGGAAGGCUGGGCCGGCCAGGAGCCUGAGUACUACCACUACAUCCCACCAACCCACUGCAGAGUCAAACCACGCUUCCAGUUCCUGGUGUUCAUGAAGGCCACAGACCAGUGUGAGAUCAGGGAGCAAGAAGAAGAUGAAGAGGAGGUGGAAGAAAAGGUGGUAGCAGAGGUUUCUGAGCAGACACAGCCAAAAGCUACCGAGUGCAAAUCAGAAGAGCCAGAGAAGACUCCUGCAGCUCCAGUCACAGAGCCCACUCCUACUCCCACAUCACCUAAACUGAAGACUGAAGAGGCCUCUGCCAGCUUCACAGACCCCCCUCCCACAACGGCCCCCACUAUAGUACCAGACAACAAGCAGGAGGCCCCACUCCCAGAGCUCAACUUGGGCCCCAAAAUCCCCACCGGUCCCUUCUUCCUGGUCCUGAGCAAAGACGAGAGCACCACUCUGCAGUGGCCCUCGGAGCUGCUGGAUUUUACCAAGGCUCAGCCCGCCCUCUCUUACAGCUGCAACCCCCUGUACUUCGACUUCAAACUGUCCCGCAACAAAGGGGGCCGUGCUGGACGAGCAGCAAAGUCCUCCAAGCCCGCUGGUGAAGGAGCUGAGAAAAAAAACAAUCCUGAGGCAGCUGCUGCAGUCAACGAGAGGAAUGCUGCUGCUGCCACCACCACCCCUGGGCCCAGCACUGACAACACUGAUAAGGAGCAGCCCUCCUUAAAAAUAGAGGGUUCCCAAGGGGAGACUGAGGAGCAAAAGCUACAGAGUAGCACAAGCGGAGCCAAGAAGAAGAAAAAGAAGAAGAAGAAGAAGCAUAAGAAAUCUGGCAAAGGCUCCAAGUGCAAAGAAAAAGAGAAGGGAGCCAUAGUGGACGGGGACGCGGAAACUGCGAUCCUAGGAGAGAAAACCAAAAAGAAGAAAAAACACAAACGAAAGAAGAGCAAAAACAAAGGUGAGGAGGGGGAAGGAGGAGGUGGUGGUGGUGAUAAGGAAAAGCCUAAAGAAGAAAAAGCAACAGUUUCUAGUGCUCCCCCAGCACCAGCACCAGCAGGAACAGGAACGGAACCUGGGAAGAGGAAACGACCAGCCAAAGAAGCACUUCAGAAGUCCGGGACAGAGGAAGGUGGGGCAGGGAAAGGCUCUGACGAGGCCAAGCCCUCUGAGGAGCACAACGGCACCAAGCGUCUGAAGACAGACCCCAGCGCCCCACCCAGCGCUUCCUGCUCCUCCUCGGCCCAGAAGAGCCCCGGGCCAGGCAGACCACCCAGCAGUGAGAGUGAGGAGGAAGGAGGUGGAGGCUCGGCUUCCCGAUCCAGCCGCCGCAGGUCCACGCCCCGAGAGGGGCGCCGGCACCAGAGCGAGGACUCCGGCCGCUCCCGAAGCCGCUCGUCGCGUCGGGGAGACGGGCGAGGGAGCAGCCGGCGGCGACACCGCGGCCGGGCCUCCCGUAGCCAGUCAGACUCCAGCAGCUCAGAGCGCUCCUCGAGCGCCUACAGCCGGCGCAGCCGCAGCUACUCAGACAGUUACAGUGACGACAGUGACGGGGGGCGCCACCGGAGACACUCUAAACGCUCCUCUGACUCCGAGUACGAUCGACGGGGAAGCGGCGGGCGGCGGCGCUCCAGAAGACGUCACUACUCGUCCUCGUCCUCCGAGGACUCUCGCUCCCGCUCACGCAGCCACAGCCGCAGGAAGAGGCACCAGCGGCGGCACCGGAGCAGCUCUCGGAGCUCUAGCAGCAGGAGCCGCAGCAGCAGCACCAGGUCGUGGAGACGCAGCUACAGCCGCAGCCACAGCUCAGCCAGCCGCUCCUCCAGCUCCACCAAGGGCUCCCCUCACCGGGGUCGUGGAGGCCAGGGGGGCCACAGGGGCCGGGCAGACAGCGCCACAUGCCGCCGAGACUUCAACCGCUCCUGCAUCUACCGCUCCCAGUCCCCCCGCUCUGCCUCAUCACGAGCCACAAACCGCAACAGCAGCUCCCAGAGCCAGAGGGCAGGGGGGUCCCGGGGAGGAGGAGACCAGAGGAACUCUUCCUCACACUUCACUGCCCGCCAGCUUCUGGAUAAGAACCAGUCCAGGAAGGGAUCUGAUGUCCCAACCACAGGGACCAAGUCUGGCGCCAAGAUCAAGGACCCACCAUCGGGCUACUUUGGGCCCAAACUGCCUCCAGCUCUGGGCAAUAAGUCCAUGCUGCCCCUGUUCGGUAAGCUGCAGGCAGGGAAGAAAUUCCCUGCGAUCUCCCUGACCCGGCCCGAUGGUGGAGAGAAGUCAUCAGCAGGGAAAGGUUCAGAUGCCGGGGGAGAGGUCAUCCUGAUGGAGCCCAUCCGGGAGUUCCCCCCACCGCCUCCCCCUCAACCAGCUCAUAAGAAAGUGGAGGAGACAGUAGUAGUAGUUCAGGAGGCCCGCCACCUCACCCUGGACGCACGGGUACUUCAUGAGCCCCGGCCGCUGUUCGAUCAGGAGCCCUCCAUGCUGAUGCCCCCAUACCAGGGCGAGCCGGGACAGGACCCCUCCCAGAACCCCAUGAUGGAGCCCCUCAUGCCCGACAUGCAGCAGCAGCCACCCCCCAUGCACGCCUACCCCAACUACCCCCCGCCCAGCCUGGAGGAGGAGGACAUGGGCAUGGAGGCAGAGGAGGACAGUCUGGCCCCGCUGGAGAGCCAGCCCAUCACCUUCACCCCAGAGGAGAUGGAGAAGUACGGCAAGCUGCAGCAGGCCGCCCAGCAGCACAUCCAGCAGCAGCUCCUGGCCAAGCACAUCAAGACCUUCCCCUCAGCCGCAGCAGCACAGGCUGCAGCGAACAUGGCUGCAGCAGCUAACCAUCUGCAGCAGGCACCCCCUCCCCCCCAGCAGCAGAUGAUCCAGAUCCACCAGCCUGCCGUGUCUGCAGCCUCGGCUACCUCCAUCACCACAGUACAACACCUCAUCCAGCAGCACCAUGCUGCUCAGGCUGCAGCCAUGGGCAUCCACCCACACGGCCCCCACCCGCACCCCCAGUUAGCCCAGGUCCACCACAUCCCCCAGCACCACCUCACCCCCAUCUCCCUGUCUCACCUGGGACACUCUCUAGGCCACACUCUGGGCCACCAGUUGGGAGUGGGACACACUGGACUGAUCCCUGCCCACCACACGGCCUUCCUCUCUGGCCAGCCCAUACACAUUAUCCCAGCCUCAGCACUUCAUCACCACAGCCCCUUAGCCCUCCACCACAUACCACACUCAUCCCUCUACCCAACGCUGUUCGCCCCCCGGCACUCUAACGCCGCUGCGGCAGCCGCACUGCAGCUCCACCCCUUCCUGCACCCCAUCUUCUCAGGGCAGGACCUACAGCACCCCCCUAACCACGGCUCCUGAGAAAGACCUUCACUAGAGCCAUGUGUCCACAUCAGAGGAGGGUGUUUUGGCCAGAGCAGGCCUGGUUAAACAUCUGUUAACAUGGAGAGAGGGAGGUGUAGUGGCACCAUUGUGCAGCAGGUGAUGAUGAGAAUAUCAUCAAAAUGGCCACCAUUAGACCACUGGCCAGACAGAGGUGCUGUGAUAUGCUGCCUGUGCAGAGGUAAACAACAGACAUUUACUGUGGGCUCUUUGAAUGGACCCCUCCGAACAGUUGACUGACUUUCACCCUGAGGUUUCUGGACAGGGUGGAGGAGGGUUUGAGGCAACCUCAAAUCUAAGACGGCAGUUUGUUUUGAAUGGGAACCCAGUUUAAAAGAAGAAGAAAAAAAAAGCAGAAACCUCUGGAGUAUUUUUUUUUUUGUCCCACAGUUUAUAACUGAUUGUUGCUGUAAAUGUUCUUCUUUGUUUUCUACAGCCAAAGACAUGCAGUGGCUGAAGCCAUAAGCAGGAUGGUGUAGUGGGAAUGGAAAGGGGGAGAUGAGAUGGUGACAUGGGGGGGUUUAGGGUGACAUCCAUGACUGGAAACAGCCUUGACUUAGUAAUGUAAUCUGGUGGCUCUACUCUACUGCCUGAAUUCUGUUGUCAUUAAUAUCUAAUGUUCUCACAUGACUACUUGCUCUCUUCAUGACCCGUAAUAUUCACCAACAAUUUGUAAUACGGUAUAGAGUACAUAGAUCACUGAGCAAUGUGAAGUAUCCCUCUAAUAUGAUAGGGAUGUUCUUUAUUACUGACUAAUGAAAUGUUGCCCAUAAGGAAAUUAAAAUGGUCACUGGUGGGGGAACACCGAUAAGAGGUUGGGUGAAGCUCAUGUUUUAUUAGAGGUACUGUGGGGGGGUCACACCCUCUUAGUGCUGUAGGGUUAAAGGUCAUGUUGUUCCAAGUGGUAGUGGUUGUAUAUUGAAAUGACUUGCACUGAAAUCUGUACAUCAAGAUGCUGCUUUCGCAUCAUGUAACAAAUGUAUGAUUGUAGUAUACUGCAAUAAUUGUAUUUUUUUUGUUUCUAAAUUAUUUUCCAAAAUGCUCCUCAAAAUAUGUUUUUCCUCUUGUGUAAUUUUUGCUCAAUGUAAAUAAAAUUGCUGUAGUUAACCCCAAUAAUAUUCUAGAGGUUUGUUGCUACUGUAAAAAAAUAAAAUAACUGAAGGAACAAAGAUGGACAAGAAUACUUUAUCAAGACAUUUUCUGAACUAUUAUCCUGUAUGGGAAGGAUUGGGUGACGGGACUGCCCUGUAAGUGGCAGCAAUGGUAUGUCUUUUUUAAAUAUGAUGCGUCAGCAAAUAAAGAGUUUUGAGUUGCUA